UUUUCUCCAUAGGAAGCACGUGAAACCCUUCGUAUUAACGCGAGAUAAUAUUUUUUUUUAUCAGCAAAGUGAAAAUUUUUUUACAGACAACAACAAAUUACUUACCGUACACAUACACAAGAAGAAGAACAAGAAUGAAAAAGUAAAUUGCGCGAAAAUAUCAUACACAGAAGCUAAUCGGUGGAAAAGAUAGACGGAUGAAUGAAUACAGGUCUCAAAGUUUGAUAAGAAAAGAAACAAAGAACCAAUUGAACAUAACAUAUAUUCGUGAAUGAGUGUUAAUUUUUAAGUGGAAGGUGAUAUAAAAGCAACCGGGCGGACUUGAAUUCGGUUGUUUGGAUGCUGUUUAUCACUUUAGGAACUUAAAAAAUGACACUGCCCAAAACGUUUACAAUAACUUCUAAAGAAUUUAAUAAUUUUGAUACCAUGUCUUUUGAGGUAGUUUCGAUUGCACACAAUAUUAACAACCAUAACAAUAACAGUCACGCUCAAGGACAACAUCAGCGACAUCAACACCAACAACAACAACAACAUCGACUGCAAACAACAAACACGAUUAAUGCCCGAGGAAACAUAACAUUGCCCUUGAUGAAUGCAGAUCAUACUGAGGGAAUUUUUAAUGCCGAGAUACACGAAAAUAUUGAUUCAGCUGCAGGCACGGUGGCAAUCGUACCAUCUUCUCCCAACAAUGAAGUGUUGGUGGAGUGUGUUAUGCCUGGUAUAUAUUUAUCAAAGAAUUUUAUACACUGGCAAGCAGAACAAUUAAGUGCUUACAGUUUUACGCACAUCAUAAUCAUUGAUAAGCAUAUACAAGAAUUAUAUUAUCCGAAUCAACAACCGUCGAUCUUCAAAUUAUGUCAGCGAACAGCCCGUCAUGAAAACAAUAACGAUACUCGUACCGGUGGUAUUAGUGACGCACAGCAACAAGCAUUUGAUUGUUUUUGUCCUUUGUCUACGUCGUUGAGGAAGAGUUUGAGCUUUGGUCAGGAAUUUGAAGUUAUCGAUUUGAAUUUCGGCGAAAAAUCCUAUCUGACAACCGUCCUACCGAAUUGCUAUCGAGCUGUAAAAUUCAUUAACAAAGCUUUGCAAGUUGGCGGUACAAUAUUGGUGAUCGACUGUAAUGGUGGGGAGCAAAAAUGUCUAACUAUAAUUGUCGCUUAUCUCAUGUAUAAAUACAAUAUUAAUUUUAGUAAUGCUUUUGCCCGCCUUAAAAUAUGUUACAAAAAGGCUGAUUUGGAUCGUUUUUACAUAAGUCAACUGUACGAAUAUGAACCAAUAUUACAAGUCCAGCGUGCACAAUCUCGUGGUCACAGUUGCUCUAGGGAAUUACAUGCUGCCAUAUUGAAACGUAAGAAGAGCCACGACGAUGAUGAUGAUGAUAAUGUAACAGCAACAGCAACAACAACGACAUCAACAAUAUCAUCCACUCCAGAGUCCAUGAAUUUAGAACAUAAUGCCUCAACUUCGGAAUUGUUGGAUAAUUUAAAUCCUUUAAAUCAAUUCAAUACUGCACAAAUGGAGAACCAAGUGGUAACAAGAACUAUAGAUCGUAUCAGGAAUGCAGACAUUGAUAAACAUUAUGAAAUGACUGAAAGAAAUUCUGUAACAGCUGUGACAUCAAUUACAGAUGGCGGUGAUAAUGUUUGGUAUAAUUGGGAUGAUUAUGCUAUGGAGUGAUGCUUGGAGUUAACUAUGAAUCCGAGAAAUAUGAAAUGAUUUAAGAAUGUUUUUAUAUUCUGUUCACUACACAAAAUACAUUUUAAGAAAAAAGGAGAUAACAUACAUAAUUACCACAUACUCCUCAUACAUAGACAGUAAUUAGUUAAGUAUGAUAUCUUCUAUACGUACGUAUAUUGCUAUUCUUUUUUUUUCAUUCUUUUUGCUUUUGAAAUAUUAUAUUUUGUGUUUUUUUAUUUAUUUUAUAUCGGAUUAAGUUUCGCUGGAAUACAUAAAACGAAAGUGAAUUGUAAUUUUUAAUUAUUGUCUUUUAACUCUAAGGCACAACGCAAAUUUUAAAGAAAAUCAUUAGAGAAGCGUUUAGUUUAGACCAAACAUAUUCAUAUUCGUUUUCCUUUUCUAUUAAAAGUAUUUCGAGAUUAAUGGCAACAGUUUUCACUAAAAAUAUAUAAAAGUAAAAUAAAUGAAACGUGAUGUACAAGAAGCGUAGGUUUCUGUUGUUUGUAACAUAACAUUGUACCAUAAUAUAAAUUACACUAAUUCCUGCGCAAAAAUAUACGAACGAGCAUAUGUGAAUUUAAUAUAAGAGGUUUGUUUUCUUUUUUAACAAAAAAAAAAAA